AUGUGUACAGUGCCGCGUGCCACAGACAGCAGGGGCUGCUUUCUACGCAGAAGUCUUACACAGGCCUGUGACAGUUCAGGGUUGCACACACGGUCCUUUUUGUGCACGUUGCAGACGGUCAGUGUCUGCCCAGGUUCUACCAUUCUGCGUGUGCCGUGCUCUGGUGAGUACGUGGCGAGAAGCAGCAUGGCCAGUCACUCUGAGGGGGAAGGAAUCUCCGGCCGCACCGCAAACCAAACCGACGGUGCAGAUCAAGGAGAUCAAGAUGCAGGCGGCGAACGGAGCUGCGCACCAAGGUGCAAGUGA